UAGAACACAGGAUUGAAGGAGGUUUAAACGUGUAAACGUGUCAUCAAUAACCAAGAAGCAGGUUUAAUUUGGUGCAUGCGUUCUCCUCCUCUCCUCCACUCCUGUACAUCAGACAGCAGCCAUUGUCGUUAUAACCUGUUUUUGAUCUCUCUAUCGGAUAACACAGACGCACUCACACACACACACAUAUUUACACAGAUGGGUUGUACUGUAAGAGAGAAGCAUCUCCGUACGAACCGGAGGAGCCGAUCCUUGAAACCCGAUUCUGAAUCCUGCUGUCAUCUCGAUAGAGCAGCAAUCUCCAAAUCAAUACUAGAAGCGGGUCUCAAACCCCUGAAUUACCAUCUGGGUCAGACCGAUUCCACCCAGAACCCGAAUCCUGUCACCAAUGCUAACCUAAAUUCUAAUUUCGAUGAUCAUGGAUGGGGUUACUGCACUGAAGAACAGUUAGAGGAAAUCCUAUUGAAAAACCUUGAAUUUUUGUAUAAUGAAGCCAUAUCUAAGCUUAUUGCAUUGGGUUAUGAUGAGGAUAUUGCUUUGAAGGCCAUAUUGCGUAAUGGGCAUUGCUAUGGUGGCAUGGAUGUGCUGACCAAUAUUCUCCAUAACUCAUUGGCUUAUCUGAAUAGUAGUUGUGGCAGCGGCGGUGGUGGUGGCAGUAGUAGCAAUGAGAGUUCGCUGGAAUCUGAACCCAUUUUUGCCGAUUUGAGGCAGUUAGAGGAGUACUCACUGGCAGGUAUGGUGUGUUUGUUGCAACGAGUUAGACCCCAUCUGUGUAAAGGUGAUGCAAUGUGGUGCCUUCUGAUGAGCGAUCUCCAUGUGGGCCGUGCGAGUACUAUGGAAAUUCCUACGCCUGGAAAUGGUAAUAGAAGUAGUAAUCUAUCACAGAGCAACAGUGAGAGUGUUGAAGAUGACCGUGUAGCUAUUGCUGCACCUCCCCUUUGUCAGUUUCACGGUGGGUGGGGGUUUGGAAAUGGGGGCGACUCAGACUUUUCUGCUAAUGGUUUUUUCUCAUAUAGAACGGAAAUGCCAAGGGAUAUCGAGUGUCCGGAGAGAUUUAAUCUUUCGCCUGCCAUGAAGUCUUUGUUGAAAAGAAAUGUUGCUAUGUUUGCAGCUGGUUUUCGGGCAAAUUCAAAACAAAUGAUGCAAACUCAGGCUUGUAUUAGUGCUUCAGCUGGUGGGAACGCUAAUCAAGUUGUGUUGGGGGGUGAAAUUCCUGUUGAGAAGAAUGAUGAGUCGAAAUUUUUGAAAAGCCAAGAUGGUGUCAAUUUGGUAAUGAGUAAGUUUCAAGAUUUGAAUCUUGAUGAGAAUAUGGAGCUUUCUGGAGAAGAACAGAAGGAUGAGAUCAUUGUAACCCUGCUGCAUCAGAUUAAGGAACUUGAGAGGCAAGUGAAAGAAAGGAAGGAGUGGGCCCACCAGAAGGCAAUGCAGGCUGCAAGAAAGCUUAGUAAUGAUUUGACAGAGCUUAAAACGCUGAGGAUGGAGGGAGAAGAGACUCAGAGAUUGAAGAAGGGAAAACAAACCUUGGAGGACUCAACCAUGAAGAGGCUUACAGAGAUGGAAAAUGCUCUGAGGAAGGCCAGCAGCCAGGUAGACCGGGCAAAUGCAGCUGUACGGCGGCUUGAGACAGAGAAUGCUGAAAUUAGGGCAGAGAUGGAGGCUUCUAAGUUAAGUGAAUCGGAGUCUAUUACAACACGCUUAGAGGUGGAAAAGAGAGAGAAGAAGUGUCAAAAGAGGCUCAUGGCCUGGGACAAACAGAAAAGCAAGUUGCAGGAUGAGAUUACAGAUGAGAAAGAGAAAAUCAAGGAGUUGCAACGAUGCUUGGCGAUGGUGGAGCGGGCUCAAAAAGAAUCCGAGGGAAAGUGGAAGCAGGAAGUGAAGGCAAAAGAGCUGGCCUUGGCCCAAGUGGAGGAGAAAAGACACUCCAAGGAAGCAGCCGAGGCUAGUAACAAAAGAAAGCUUGAGGCUCUGCGCCUGAAGAUAGACAUAGACUUCCAGUGCCAUAAGGAUGAUUUCCAAAGACUUGAGCAAGAGCUAUCGCGUCUGAAAUCAGCUGUGCAGUCCACUGAGUUGAAUCAUCAAUCAAAUACUUUGCCCUCAGGAAAUUCUGAUGGCACAAAGCCCAAAGGAGAAACAAUUGCUAGGUUGAUUCAAGAACUAGAUAAUCUAGAGGACUCUUCUCAUAAAGAAGGCAACUGUGAGAGGCAAUGCUUUAUUUGCAUGAAAGAUGAAGUUUCUGUCGUUUUUCUGCCCUGUGCCCACCAAGUUCUGUGCGCCAGUUGCAGUGAGAAUUACGGGAAGAAGGGUAAAGCUACCUGUCCUUGCUGCUGUGCUCCAAUUGAGCAGAGAAUCCAUGUUUUUGGAGCAAGUUCAUAGUUCAAUUCUGGUUUAAAUUUUUAUAAUGCCUUCUGGGAGAAGUCUUCAGGUAUACUUUACCUAUUCAGUUUAUGUUUCAUGCAGCAGUCGUUGGGACUGCUUACUUUACAUAUAGUUGCCUUCAACAUGCAGCACAGCUGAUAAAGUCAGCAUCAUGAGGAUCUAUGUACAUAAAAAUCAAACUUCUUUCCUGCUCGUUCUUCUAGCCCAAAUAAGUAGAAUGCUUAUGCCUUUUACAAUGCUAAAUAUAUGAUGAUUCAUACAAUUGCAGUGAGGAUUAGCUGAUUUUAUUCUGUGGCAAGAUAUUAUA